AUGUCCAUGGGCAACGAGUCCAUGGGCCCUGGCAUUCCUAGUCUGUUCACCUUUGAGAAAAUGUAUUGGGCUGUUGUUGGCGCUGCCAUCGGUGCUUUUACCCUCGUCAACGUGUACAGCUGGUUUCUGUGUCGUCAAAGGUUACGAUCAACAAGCAACACUCCCGCCAAACCCAAAGCUUUCCCCUUCCUCGCCAUGGCCACAUGUACUGCUCUCGUUCGUGAGCUUGCCAAUGCUUCAUUGCCAGUCUUCGCUAUCAAAUCUCUCCGCACGCCUUCUCCAACUCUUGGAAAAGCCUCUUUGGUAGCAGCAAAUAUCGUCGUCCUCCUGGUCAUGUGUUUCUACAAGCUCGACGUCAGCGAUCAAUGGUCCUUCGAAGACAUCGGCUACCGCACAGGUUUUGUCACAGUCUGCCAAUUGCCCCUUCUCUUCCUCCUGGCCGGAAAGCGCAACAUUAUCGCUGCUCUCAUCGGCUCUUCGUAUGAGCGCAUCAAUUGGCUCCAUCGUUGGGCAUCGCGGUGCUUCCUUCUGACCGCCACCAUUCACAUGGGCUACUGGUUCGCAGACUGGGCUCCUUACGACUACAUCGGCACAAAAAUUCGCACUGAUCCUAUCACAAAACACGGUGUUAUCGCAUGGGCUAUCCUGGUCUGGAUCACUAUUAGCUCGAUGACUCCUAUCCGUGGCUGGAGUUAUGAGUUCUUCGUUGUUCAGCACAUCAUUUCUUUCGCCGUCUUCAUCGGCUUCGUCUAUCUACAUAUCCCUGCCGAGGUCAAAGUCUGGGUCUGGAUCUGUGUUGGUCUAUUUUUCUUUGACCGUGUCGUACGAGGUUUCUUCUACCUGUACAACAACUUGUCCAUCUUGCACCCCACGCAAAGAAAGGAUGGCACGAUGGGUAAGCUGUGGGCUCUGAACGCCGAACUCACUGCUCUGCCGAACAACACUACCCGCAUCACCAUAAACAAUCCUCCAAUCUCUUGGCGUCCUGGUCAACAUGUCUUUUUGUCUGCUCACUCACUAGCUCUCAUGCAAGCCCACCCUUUCACUAUCUCCUCGCUUCCUAGCGACGGUAAGAUGGAGUUUCUGAUUCAAUCCAAAAAGGGUGGAACGCAGAAAAUCUAUCGACAUGCCGAGAAAAUUGGGCUGACUCUGCCCUCGACCAACGGAGAUCUGACCAGAGGGUCAAACACGAGUGUUGCUAUUGAGGGUCCCUAUGGUUGCAUUCGUCCUCUGCAACAAUUCGAUCGCGUAAUAUUGCUCGCUGGUAGCUCUGGUGCAUCAUACACUAUGCCAUUGCUGCGCGACCUUGUUCGUUCGUGGAAGUCCAUGGAUGGCCAGAGCAAGAGUCAACGUGAGAAGCCGGUAACUAGACAUGUAAGAUACGUCUGGAUCGUCAAGGCCGGAUCUCAACUAAGCUGGUUUUCCACCCAACUUAGCCAAGUUGUGGAAGACGUUACUCAUCUGCAGGCUCAGGGCCACGACGUCAGCGUUGAUAUCAGCGCUUACAUUACGUGCGAUGAAACUUUCACGACCGAACAGAAGACCUUGCUCGACGCCUGGAAGGCAUACUCGACGUCGACGACCACGAAGUAUGGUCAAGUGACUGAAGUUUUGGACUCUGUUGAUGACGAAGAGUACAACGACUUCGGUAUGGAGAAGAAGUUUGCCUCCAAGGAUGAGAAGAUUGAGGUUCAGGAGCUCGAUCGUUACUCAUCAUCAGACACGGCUGAGCCUACAUCAAAGCAAUCUUGCGGACCUAAUGGUACAUGUUGCUGCACUGCUACUAUCGAAGAUGAGGACGAUGACGAAGCCAUCAGACCUGCAUGCACUUGCAGUUGUGGAGCGGGCCCAUCACGGACAGAAAGCUCAAGGUCGAGCAUUCUAAACGAGAAGCCCAAACCGAAACAGCCUUUCCUGCAUCCUGCAAUCUCGGUCUUCUCAGGCCGACCAUCUUGCAGGAAUGUCAUUCGCAAAACACUUGAACAAGCUUAUGGCGAAAGCGCAGUCGUGGUGUGUGGUCCACAGGGCUUAGUUCACGAUGUGCGAACGAGCGUCGUCUCGCUUAGUGACGAGAGGGCCGUCCAUAAAGGCACGGGCGCUCAAGGCAUCUGGCUCCAUGCUGAGGCUUUUGGGUACUGA